AUUUCUCAUCAUUUCUCACAGUCUUGUGUCCCUCUGGAGCUCUCACUCCCCUCGGCCGUCACCCGUCGUCCCUUCUGCGCUACACCCCUUGUUGGAUACAUGAAGGAAAACCAGAAAGUGGAAUGGUUCCCCGUGAUCCGCCGCCACCUCGGCUGAGAUUUGAGGGGAAGACCUGUCCCCUCUCCUGAAGCUGGAGGAAGUCACCCUGCCAGGGUGUCGGGGUAUACGGCAGUGUAUAACACAGAGUCUGUGCGCUUCCAUCUCCCAUCGCCAGACAUGGUGGAGAAAGAGGGCAUGGGCAAAGGUUGCCGCUGGACCUCGCAGAGGAUUCUGGGAGUGACGCUCUGUGUUCUAAUCUCAUUGGCUGGAAUCGGGGUCAUAGCUUGGGCUGUAGUGACGUACGUUUUGAAGAACGAAAACCAGAACUUAUACAUAGUCCAGGUAAACCUGCCGGACCACCGACUGUCAGUAUAUGAUGAGAAGGAGAAGGUAUGGCGUCUGGUCUGCUCUUCCUUCUCUAACCCAGAGGUGGCGACGUUGAGCUGUGAAGAAAUGGGCUUCAUCAGGUCAGUGUCUCAUCAGGAGCUCCGAGUUGAAACAGCAGGAACCAAUGGAACAUCAGGUUAUUACUGCGUGCAUGAGUCUCAGAUCAACAGUGCCAAGAGGCUUCUAGACAUCCUAACAGUCUGUGAAUGUCCAAGUGGCCGGUUCCUCUCUGUACAGUGUCAAGACUGUGGUCGCAGGAAACUGGCCGUCGACAGAAUCGUAGGAGGCCAAGAUGCUACCCUUGGGCGGUGGCCGUGGCAGGUCAGCCUGAGAUACGAUGGGGCCCAUCUCUGCGGAGGAUCCUUGAUUUCCAGCGAGUGGGUGCUGACGGCUGCACACUGCUUCCCAGAGAGGAAUCGGAUAGUGAGCCAGUGGCGUGUAUUUGCGGGGGCAGUAUCCCAACUCUCCCCAAGGGGCAAACUGCUGGGGGUGAAAGGCAUCAUAUACCACUCUGGGUACUUACCCUUCCUCAACCCCGACAGUGAGGAGAACAGCAACGACAUUGCCCUGGUGCAUUUAGCCAGUCCCGUCACACUCUCAGAAUACAUUCAGCCUGUAUGUCUGCCUGCCCUGGGGCAACAGAUUAUCGAUGGGAAGAUCUGCACGGUGUCCGGGUGGGGCAACUUGCAAUACUACGGCCAGCAAUCGGAGAUACUGCAAGAGGCGUCAGUUCCCAUAAUCAGCAGCUCGGUGUGCAACCAGCCCGAGUACUACAUGAACCAGAUUACGGGGAAGAUGUUCUGUGCGGGAUACGCAGAGGGUGGGAUCGACGCCUGUCAGGGGGACAGCGGGGGCCCGUUUGUGUGCGAGGAUACCCUGUCGCGCUCUUCUAGGUGGCGCCUGUGUGGCAUAGUCAGCUGGGGCAUAGGAUGUGCAAUGCCAAACAAACCCGGGGUCUAUGCCAAGGUGGACCAGUACCAGUACUGGAUCUACAGGGCCAUGAAGACAAAAUCAGAUGUCGCUGGGAUCACAGAGUUGCCAUAACUGGACAAGGAGAACCCCCAGACCGCCAAGACCCCACUCUUUCCCAGCCGGUGACCACUGCCUGCCAAUCCCAGACCUUUAUCUUCCACACAAUGAGGAGACCAGUAUAUAAGAACUGCGGUUGCAUUAUAACCUUCUUCUACAAGACUCAUAUAGUCCCAGGGAUGUCACACUGUAUAACUACAACAUGCUGCUGCAACAUUACUUCUGGGAACAUGAGGGGCACUUUGAUUGCGCCCCCUAUGGCUGAACUAAGACAAUAAUUGGACAGUAGAUGCCUAAUGAUAUGGAUAGAGCUCUUGGGACUAUUCCAAGGAUGUUCCUGGUACUGCCAAGUUUCCAACUUUCAUACGGAAGAUUCCAACAUUCAAGGUGCAAGAACACAUUGCAUUCUGGGAAACCGGCCUGCUGCCAACCUCCAUGUUGCUGGAGGAAAUAAUAAGGGAAUAUCAUGGAUUUCUUUUCCUCACCACUCAGUGAUGGGUUUGUUCUGGCAAAUUAUAAUUUGGCAAUUAAUGACUGCAUGGAAGAUCCCUAAAAAUGGAGUAACUGAGCCCUGAGCACUGAUUGGCUCCCAGCUAUACAUAUAAAGUAUAUACAGAUAGGCAUUUUGUAAGGAAUUCUAAGUGGGACAUUGGGUUUAUGUGCCUUACUGUUGAUUUCUAUGUUCUUAUUCAAUCAAGCCGCUGGGUGCUACGUUGAACCUGAGAAAGUAAUAUGGGAGCUACUACUGAGCAUGAUGGGCCCAACAGAACCAUCAGGCUGUGUUCCUUGCAUGGGCCCAGGAAUGAGAGAAUAUGGCCCAAUCUCAACCCAAGCCCAUGCAAGGAAGGCCUCGGUGCUGAAGAAACUCGGCAUUGUGGUUCCCAGCAAAGUCCCCUGGGCAGGUUUGUAUUUUAUAGAAAAGGUGCCCUGACCUGGGGAACAGUGUCUUUAAUUGGUUUAUUUGUAUAUCUUAUGUACGAAACAUCUAACAAUCAGGAAGGCUUUGUAUAUGCUGAUGCCAAAACGUACUGUAAAUAGCAGCCGGUGGGUAAUAUGGAGGUGGUAUUGAGUAUACGUGCGAAGGCAGCCUGGGACCCGUGGGUCAGGCAUACUCAAGCCAACAUACUGCCUUUGGGAACAAGUCAGUGGACUCUCUCUCCCCCCCUCCCUCUCUACCCCUCUCUCCCUCUCUACCCCUCUCUCCCUCUCUUCCCCCUCUCCCCUUCU